AUGGAAGGUAGAGAAGAUAACUCCAAUGGUGCUGCAAUUCCUAAGAAAUCAAGAUCUCUUGAUGUUAAAAGUUUGUAUAAAUCGAAAUUGACAGAAGAGGGUUCGAAGAAAAACUCGAAGAGGAAGAGUAGUAGUGCUCCUGGGGGCGGUGAUGAGACGAGGAGUAAGAGAAAGAAGGCUAAGAAAGAAGUGGUUUUGAGUAGUUUAGAAAAUGGUGAUGGUAGUGGGAAGAAGGUUGCUGAUGAAGUAUGUGAAAAAGGGGCUAGUUCGGGUGGGGGAGAUUUGGGUGAAGUGAAAUUGGGAGUGAGUGAAGUGUUUAAUAGUGGUAGUGGGAUUAAUGGAGGUUUGCUUGGUGUUUGUAUUCCUAAACGUAAAAGGACUUUAGUGGGGCGGAAGAAAUCUGAUCCUGGUCAAUCAUUGAGUCUGGUAGGGCAUCCUAGUAUUAGCGUUGGCCAUGAUGAUCUGGUGCCUAAGUUAGGUAGUGAUGAUUUGGGUAGUAGGGCAGUUCAAUCUUCAAAGAGUAAUUUGAAGAAACAUUUUGAUGAAUUUAAGGAAAAUAGGAAUAGUGAUUCAAAUUCAAUUUCAGUUCAGCAUGUCACGGAGAAUGGGGAUCAUGCCCCUAAUUCUGUUGUAAAUAGUGGUAUUUCUUCUUUAAAAAAGUCCAAAAAGAAAGAUAGGAAGCGAAAGACUCUGGCUUCAGAUAAACCUAGGGUUUCGAAGGAGGCUGAGCCUUUGAUUGAUAGCUGUACAAUAUCUGUUGAUUUGCAGGAUGAUGAUGAGGAAAAUCUUGAGGAGAAUGCAGCCAGGAUGCUUUCUUCAAGGUUUGAUCCAAGCUGUACUGGGUUUUCUUCUAGUAGCAAGUCUUCUCCCCGGCCAUCAGCAAAUGGUUUGUCCUUUUUUCUAUCUUCUAGUCAAAAUAUUGUUAAUCGUGGCUCAAAGUCUCGGUCAGGUUCGGAAUCAGCUUCAGUUGAUACUGCUGGCAGACAUUUGAGGCCAAGGAAGCAAGACAAAGACAAGGAAAAAUCCAGGAAGAGGCGCCAUUUUUAUGAAGUUUUGCCUGGUGAUGUAGAUGCAUAUUGGGUACUGAACCGUAGAAUUAAAAUAUUUUGGCCUUUGGACCAGAGUUGGUAUUAUGGCCUUGUCAAUGAGUAUGACGAGGCGCAAAGGCUUCACCAUAUUAAAUAUGAUGACCGAGAUGAGGAAUGGAUUAAUCUCCAUACUGAGAGGUUCAAACUCUUGUUACUUCGUAAUGAAGUUCCUGGACGUGCAAAAGGGAGAAGGGAUUUGACAAAAAGUAGAAGGUCUGAUCAGCAAAACGGAAGCAAGUCCGAGAAAGAAAGGCAAAGAAGAGAAGUGAUUACGAAGGAUGAUAGUUGUGGUGGGAGCUCUAUGGACUCAGAGCCUAUAAUUUCGUGGUUGGCUCGAUCUUCUCAUCGGCUUAAAUCUUCUUUUCAUGGGAUUAAGAAACAGAAAACUUCUGUCACACAUCCAAGUCCAACCUCAUCAUUGUUAUACGAUGAACCUGUUUCAGUAAAGGGAAAUGAAACUAAGAGUUCAUCUAGGGAUGUUUCAAAUAAUUUUUCUUGUGGUUCUAUAUCACAAGAAAAAUUAAGUGAUGAUUUGAGGGAGAAGUCCUCAUUGCAAAGUGCCACUCAAAUUAAAGAUUCCAAACAGCCUGCUGUAUAUUUUAGAAAGCGGUUUCGAAGGCCAGCUGGAAUGUUGCCUCCUGCGCCUAAAGAGAAACACAUCAUUGUAAGAACACCCUGUUCUAUUUCCUUUGAUCAUGUGGUUGGUGGGAUUCAGAAUGUAAAACAACCAAGGGGCAGGAGGUUUGAGGGGCCACUGUGGUUCAAUUACAACGAGGGAGUAUCAAAAAUGUUUUGGAACAUGGAGUCAGCAUCAUUCAAAUUCCACUUAAAUUUUCCUAUACGGUUGAUUCUAAAUGAAGCUUUUCAAUCCGAAAAUCUGUGGCUGCUCUAUGCUGUUUUACUGCUUCGGUAUGGUACAAUUGUGACCAAGUGGCCAAGAGUUUGUUUGGAGAUGCUGUUUGUUGAUAAUGUAGCUGGGUUGAGAUUUCUAUUAUUUGAAGGUUGCUUGAAGAUGGCUGCAACCUUUGUCUUUUUUGUCCUUAGGGUUUUCCACCAACCUGCUCCCCUAGGGAACUAUGACUUGCACUUGCAGCUUCCAUUUACAUCCGUUGGGUUCAAGUUUUCCAGUCUUCAUGCUAUCAAGCAGCCACUUGUGUUUGCACUCUACAAUUUCUCCAGAUUGAAGAGUUCACGUUGGGUGUAUUUGGAUUCCAAGCUGAAGAGACACUGCUUACUCAGUAAGCAGCUCCAUCUAUCUGAAUGCACAUAUGAUAACAUCCAGGCACUUCAGCAUGGAUCAAGUGAGUUCACCGCAGCUUCCAUCAGCCGGCCCUCGUCAGUCAAGGUCAUGAGGAAGAGGAGUAGGCCAGGGAUUAACAUCAUGGGUGUUUCUAAAGUGUCCUCUCAAGUUAAUACUCAUCAAUCUUCUGAUUCUGGCGAGAGGAAGCUUCCUCCAUUUGCUCUUUCUUUUGCUGCUGCGCCUACUUUUUUCCUCUGUUUGCAUCUUAAAUUGCUUAUGGAGCAGUCAACAGCUCACAUAGGCUUUUGUAAUCAGGAACCAACAGAUGGUCAGGAAGAUUCUGGUUUGGUCACUGAUGACUAUUCUAACAUUGAUGAUUGCUCUAACAGGAGUUCAGAAAUUAUUCUGCAGAAAGAUACGACAACCUUGUCAAAUGAAGCUACAGGUGAUGGACGGCCCUGUCCUGGGUUAGAUCCUUUAAUGGGCCCCUCUGCUAGUGGUGAUCAAGCUGUCUCUCAAAAUGGCAAGAGUAUUGACCUUCAUGGUACUGGAACUUCUAUUUCCCAUGGUUCUGAGGGGCUUGGUAAUACUCACUCAGCAGAGUCACAAUCCCAUCAUUCAGCACCAAAGCUAGGAUCUUUACCUUCAAGUUCUUUUAUACACCAGGAUAAGAUGGAUGAAGGUUCUCAUUCUUUUAACGGUGAUCUCCAUGUUCAGAUUCCUUCUGUUGAUGAAUUUGAGAAGCCUAAUAAUGCUCAACAGUCUCCUGAUUUGUCUUGGAAUGUAAAUGGAAGUGUUAUUCCAAGCUCCAAUCGAACUGCUCCAAGAAGUUCCUACCGGAGCCGGAAUAGUUCAAUGUCAUUGGGAUUCCAGUCACCUUUGUGGUCUGAUGGCAAGCCUGACUCUCUUUACAAUGAUUUUAGCAGUGGACCCAAAAAGCCACGUACACAAGUAUCAUAUUCAGUGCCUUUUGCAGGGUAUGAGUUAAGUUCAAGGCACAGAGGCCAUAAUCAGAAAGGGCUUCCUAACAAACGAAUUAGAAAGGCUAGUGAGAAGAAGUCAUCAGAUGUUGCUAGGGCCCCUGAAAAGAAUUUUGAAUGCUUAUCUUGUGAUGCAAAUGUCUUGAUUACAGCUGGUGAUAAAGGGUGGAGAGAAUAUGGGUCCCAUGUUAUACUAGAGAUGUUUGAACAUAAUGAGUGGAAACUCUCCGUAAAAGUUUUAGGAGUUACAAGGAGUCAGUGGGCUCUAUUCAAGGAGAUGCACGAGGAAUGCUACAACCGGAACCUGCGUGCUGCUUCAGUUAAAAACAUACCUAUUCCUGGUGUUCACUUGAUAGAAGAAAAUGAUGAUAAUGGAUCUGAGGUAACUUUUGUUCGGAGCUCUAUGUAUUUCCAACAGGUUGAAACAGAUUUCGAGAUGGCUCUGAAUCCAUCCCGGGUUCUAUAUGACAUGGAUAGCGAGGAUGAGCAAUGGUUUUCGAACAUUCGAGGUUCUGAUAAGUACAACAGUGACUUGAAUGGGAUCACGGAGGAGAUGUUUGAGAAGACAAUGGACCUGUUUGAAAAGGCUGCAUAUGCUAAGAUGCGUGAUCAGUUUACACCACAUGAAAUAGAGGAACUCACGUUUCACGUUGGGCCUUUGGGUAUAGUCAAAAUCAUUUAUGACCAUUGGCUCCAGAGAAGGCAGAAGAAGGGAAUGGCUUUAAUACGACACUUUCAGAUGCCUAUGUGGGAACGAUAUCAACAGAAACUGAAGGAGUGGGAAGUAGCGGUGACCAAGAAUAAUAUUUCUUCUAAUGAUUGCCUGGACAAGGGUGCAACUUUGGAGAAGCCACCCAUGUUUGCUUUCUGUCUGAAACCAAGAGGUUUGGAAUCACAGAACAAGGGAUUAAAACAUCGAUCUCAAAAGAAAAUAUCAGUCUCUGGGCAUACAAACAGAUUCCGAUAUCACGAUGGUUUUCAAACUAAUGGAAGAAGACCAAAUGGCUCAGCAUUUUCUGAUGAAAGGUACCCAGGCCAUAAUUAUGAUUCUUUGGAUGAUUCUCCAUUGCCUAUGACAUCACCAAGAGUAUUCUCCCAACGGGAUACUGCCAGCAUGAAAUAUUAUUCUAUGAGCAAUGAUGUAUACUACAGAAAUCAUAUGCAGAAACUUAACAGGAGCAAGUCCAAGAAACUUGGGUCAUUUAUGCAUAAUAAUGAUUCGCGUACACCGUCUUCCUACAGCCAGAGGCUGCCAGCGUCGUCAGCUAAAAGAAACGGGGUUAGAACAAACAUGGUCAAAUAUGAGUUACCAGGUCAAAGGAAGUACGUACCAGAUAGCCCUCAGAAGCAGUGGAUUGAACAACUGAAUGGUUCAGACCUAGAGGAGUUUAGACGGCGUGACUUAGUAAAUGCUGCUCAGCGUGCACGCAAAAUAGCUAAGUUAAAGAGAGAGAGGGCUAAAAAAUUGCAUUCUAGAGCAGAUGUAGCAAUUCACAGGGCCAUGGUUGCUCUUAUGAUUGCUGAAGCAAAGAAAGCUUCCGAGGAAGAGGUUGGUGAAGGUAAUAAGAACCAACAUACGAGGCUCCGAUAA